GCUGACUUCCUUUAGCUCCAAGUUGGAACUAAUCGACAAUUCUGUGUUGGUAUGAAAGCGGUGCACAGCCUCGGAGAAAUGAUACGAAAUGGAAUCGGCGUUGAUGAUUCUCUCGGCCGUUCUGCCCAUUCCAACAAGACAGAUGGGACGUCCUACCACAGUCUCGGUGAGAACGUGCAUGCUCUCACGCGAUCACAUGUGCAUGGUGGUGGCCCGUCCAAACCUACUUCUUUGUUGACAAGGCUGGGGUUGACUGACUAGUGAUUCAGGCGCGGAAAGGACGAUUGCGCGAAGACCUUCAACACCUCGGGGAGUAGAUGAUGUUGUUCUCCAGCAUAGAGCAGAGAACCCCAGCAUGGAGGAUGACUUUGACAUCGCUGUUGCCAACGUUGAUGCCCUCCCUGCCCACAUUUACCGAGACGACUCGAGUUCUUCUGUGAAUCUGUUGGAGAAAUUUUCAAAUAUUCCAUUGAGAAUACGUGGGAGAGCUGAGGCCUGGGAAGUUCCGCGGGAUCAAAUCAAACUCGCAAGUAAAAUAGGGGAAGGAACAGGUGGAGUGGUCUAUCUCUGCAGAUGGAGGGGUUUGGAUUGUGCAGCCAAGCUGUUAAGCACUGCUUCCAAAGUCUCUGUAGAAUAUCACGAUAUGAUCAAUGAGAUCUCAACAAUAUCCCAUCUCCGUCAUCCCAACCUGGUGCUUUUUCUGGGUGCUUGCACUGUGUCAGAGCCAUUGCUUAUCUUGAGCGAGUACAUGGCAGGGGGAUCACUGGAGGACAGAUUUGACCUGAAAAAGAAGCAACUUGGGAGACCUUGGAAGCCGUCGAGAAUUCAAGCGAUCAACUGGUGCAUGGACUUAUCUCGCGCUGUCUGCUUUCUCCACAAUUGCACAACUCCGAUUAUUCAUCGCGACCUGAAACCUGCUAACCUGCUGUUGAGUGAAAAUGACCACCUCAAGGUCUCUGAUUUUGGUCUUUGCAAGACAUUAGCCAAAGUCAAGGAGGAUGGAACUCCUUAUACGAUGACAGGAUGUACAGGAACAAAAAGAUAUAUGGCACCUGAGGUGGUUUUGAGCCAGCCAGAUUAUGAUGAAAAAGUGGACAUCUAUUCUAUGGCAAUGAUCUUUUGGUACAUCUUCAAGGGAGAGCGUCCAUUCAAUUUGAUCGAGCCUCAACUCAUCUCCUUGCUAACCUCGUCGAGGGGACUGCGUCCAGACUCGAGGGCGAUAGGUUGGCCUGAGCUUGAAGAGCUGGUGGAAUGUAUGUGGGCAGAAAAUCCCAAGCUGCGGCCAUCUGCUGUUGAAAUCGUUUCUAAGCUGAAGGUCAUGCAAUCAGCAGCUAAUGCCUCUUCUGAAGAUGCAAAGGUGACAUGUAAAUGCAAGUUCAAUUGUGUUGUACAGUAGCUAGUCAUUAAACAACCGCCACCCUUGUAAUUCUUGAAAAUAAGUACCAGACGAUUA